AUGGUAACCAUAAAAGCUUCUUACGGUGUGACUCCAAAUGAAUCAACUCCAAAUGGUUCUUUAUGGCUCUCUGAUUUAGAUCAAGUUGUGCGUCUAAGCCACACACCACUUAUUUUCAUUUACAAACCAAAACAGAUUCCAGAAAAUGUCAUUGAAACCUUAAAAAACUCUCUCAGCAAGAUUCUUGUUCACUACUAUCCUAUAGCGGGUCGAUAUUGUUAUGCAAAAGGCGGUCGAGUUGAAUUGAAUCUCAAUGCAAAAGGAGCUGUUUUGACAGAAGCUGAAACCACAAAAACAGUUCAUGAAUAUGGUGACUUUUCACCUUCUGACUCUACAAAGGAGCUUAUUCCAAAAAUCGAUUAUGGUCAACCCAUCGAGGAAAUUCCGUUGCUUGUUGUUCAAGUUACAAGAUUCUCAAACAAAGAUGAAAGCUUUGUAUUUGCUAUUGGAGUUGCUUACUCUCACCCUUUAUCUGAUGGUGUUGGUUUUUCAAACUUCUUGAAUUCAUGGGCCAAAAUAGCAAGAGGUGAAACAUUAAAUUCUAAUGAAAUACCCUUUUUAGAUAGAAAACUUCUCAAAUUGUCGCACACUCCUUUAGAACUGCUUUUCGAACACGAAGAGUUGAAGCCACCACCACUCAUUCUAGGAAGAUCUGACACCAAUAUUGAAAGAAAGAAGAAAACAACAGCUGAGUUGUUGAAACUCACGGUAGAAGAAGUUGAAAAGUUGAAGAAAAAGGCUAAUGAAUUUGGUAUUCCAAAAGGGUCAAGGCCUUAUAGUAGCUUUGAAGAAAUUAGUGCACAUAUAUGGAAAAGUGCAUCUAAGGCGCGUGAUCUCGAAGAGAAUCAACAAAGUGUUGUUAGAUUCAAUGUUGAAAUUAGAAAUAGAAUAAGUCCAAAUCUUCCUAAGAAUUAUUAUGGGAAUGCUUUGAUUCAAACUUCAGCAAAAGGGUAUAUUGGAGAUAUCACAUCAAAGCCUUUGAGUUAUGUUGCAAUGAAGAUAAGAGAAGCAAAUGAGUUGAUAACAAAUGAGUAUAUAAGAUCACAGAUUGAUGUUAUUAGAGGUUUUGAGCAUUUGGAUGAUGCAAGGAAAUUGUUUAUAGGUGGAGAAGGUAAGAAUGCAACAUAUUAUGGGAAUCCUAAUCUUCGUAUAACAAGUUGGUUGAAUUUUCCUGCAUAUAAAGUUGAUUUUGGGUGGGGAAAACCAUUUUGCUUUGGAAUUGGACAUGUCUCUCCACAUGAUAGGGGAUUGAUUCUAUUGAGUCCUGAUGGAGAUGGUUCUGUUAUUGUGUGUAUGCAUUUUCAGGUUGAGUUGAUGGAGCUUUUCAAGAAGCUUUUCUUUGAGGAUUUAUAUGGAUUGUUCACAUCAGCAAGAUUGUGA